GCGAGGCAGGGUAGCUAGGGCAGUCAGUACACAUGGCACUCAGGCGCCAACACUUGUCUCUACCCUCACGUGGCCUCUGUUCUAUACUCAUUUCUUCGCCAUUUCCUCCAAAAUGCCCUUCUAUGCUGUUGCCAGAGGUCAUAAACCAGGCAUUUAUAAGAGAUGGUCUGAUUGUCAAAAACAAGUUAAAGGGUAUCACUAUGCUCGGUACAAAAAAUUUGCAACCCUAAAAGAAGCAAAAGAAUUCCAAGAACUUGGUUAUCCUAAGAGCAAAGUUAUAGACAGACGUGAAAAAUUAGCACAAGAGAUCAAGACAAACAGUGUUAUAGAAAUUCCAGAUAAUGUCACUGAAGAUGUUACCAUUAUAUAUGAAUGCAUUAAUGUUGAUGGAAGGUCAAGUCCAACUCCUCAGGAGAUGAAGAAUGAUUUGAAUAAACUGCAGAAAGAUACAUCAAAACUAAGGUCAAGAUUUGACAGUUAUUUAGCUCGAAAACCUGGUACUGACACCAUGUUAGGAACACAAUGCCCACCUGAAACUUCUUUUGCAGCUAACAGUGGGAAGCGAAAGCAUGACAAUUCAAUUCAAGAAUCUGAUGAAAAGACUGUCAAAAAGAUGAACACGGGUGAUUGUAGUGGAUAUCAUAAAACUAAAUUUUCCUUUGACAGCAAUGGAUUUCUCGUUGUUUAUACUGAUGGUGCAUGUAAUAAAAAUGGAAGGAAAGGUGCCACAGCUGGCAUUGGAGUGUAUUUUGGACCAAACCAUCCUCUUAAUGUGAGUAAGCCGGUGAGGGGAAGAGCUACAAAUAACACGGCAGAAAUUCAGGCUGCUACAUGUGCUUUAGAGUUGUCAAAAACUUUAGGGUUCAAAAAAGUGGCAGUACACACAGACUCUCUCUUCAUGAUUGACUGUAUGACUUCCUGGCUGAAGAACUGGAAGAAAAACAACUGGGUGAAGAAGAAUGGAGACCCAGUGAAGAAUAAGAAUGAUCUCAUUGUUUUAGAUGCAGCCAGUGAAGGAUUAGCUGUAAAAUGGGUGCAUGUGAAAGGCCAUGCUGGCCACAAAGGUAACGAAAUGGCUGACAGAUUGGCAAAGCGGGGUACCCGUCUGUACAAAGCUUAACCUUGACUUCAUACACUUCCAUUUUUAAUUACAGAUUACAAAUGAUUGAAAGUUCAAACUACAGCACCUUCCAGGACAUGUAUAUCUGGUAUCAUAUUUCCUUCUUUUAUGCAUUGUUUUCCACUAAGAAAGAAGGCUCAGACAGUAAAUAGAUUCUUCAUCAGUCGGUUCCCAGAAGAGCAGACUUCACAAUAUAUAAUUAAUAAAUAAAGCCUUUUGUAUGCAGAAUGUUUGAAUGGUUGAGGUCAGUUUAAUGUGACUAUAAUUAUUAUACAUUUUCAUUUAUUCCACCACUUGAUAAGCUGAUUUAUAUUUUCUUUUGUUAUUUUCCCUGUUAAGCAUAGGAGAGACUCCUUAGAGAAUUAAGUUGAGGUUGAUUAAUAUUUUGUUUUCAAUGAAUGAAAUUAAGGAAAUUUGCUUUCAACAUUUUCACUUGAUACAUUUUUUCAUGUUCUUCCUUUGUGAACGAUAGGAUAUUAAUUAUAUUCUGUUGUCUGACAAGAUGGCAGUAGCAGUUUGGAAUGCUGUCACAAUAAAAUUAACC